AUGGACUUGGUCUUGACCUCGUCCACGUUUGCGUAUUCCUACGGAGUCUGCGGCGGCAUUUGGUAUGGCGCUCUGGGCAGCUUCUGCAUCCUUCUUUUCAGCGUUCUAGCCAUAAAGAUCAAAGCCAAUGCGGCCGGCGCCCAUACCUUUCCGGAAAUCGUCCCGAGUCGGCAUGGUCAUAUCACCCAUGUUACUUAUCUCUUUUUUGGGUUGGCCACGAAUCUGCUUGUCGGAGCCUUCUGGUGUGAACGUGUACGACGCGUGUUUCUUGGUCCCGCUGGUCGUGGCGGUUCGUCCAAGGGAGUUCCAUUUGCCAUAGAUCAUUUCCUUGGAGGUGUUGUUGAUGUCUGGCUUGACCAGGCAUAUUGGCAACGUGCAAUCGCCUCUCUCCCAGAAACCGCCGUUAAGGCGUAUAUUGUUGGUGGUAUUGCCUGGUGCGGCAUCCCAUUUGCGUUCACAACGGCCAUGGGUCUGGCUUGCGCCGCUCUUACCGGAUCACCAUCUAACCCGUUGAGUGCCGCUCAAAAUAGUGCCGGCCUCAGUGCCUCAGCAACUGCCAUUACAUUUACUUGUACCAGCACCGAGUUGGCCGCCAUCAGCUCGCUGCUGACCUUCGACGUGUACAAGACCUACAUUCGUCCACAAGCGACCAAUGAGGACUUGGUAAAGAUAUCUCAUUACAGCAUCGUCAUUUACGCCGUUGUCCUGGCCGUAUUCUGCUCCAUUCUUGACGCCGUUGGCAUCAAUCUGACCUGGAUCUUGACGAUCCUUGCAAUCAUUGUGGGCGGCGCCGCCAUCCCUCCAGCAAUGGUGUUAAUGUGGCUACGCACGUCAACCAUUGCAACGAUCGCCGCACCGUGGACGGCUCUUGCAAUGAGCCUCACUACCUGGUUGGUAAGCUCAAGAACUCGGAGCGGCAGUAUUACUGUUGCCACAACCGGUGUUGUGUACAACGCCUGGUGGCAAUCGCCCACAAUCCUCGAACUUGAAAGCUCAUCCUCGAGCAGAGACCUUGAACCGGGAAUGAGCGAUGGGAAGGAUCCUGAGAAAGGCAGCACAUCGCCCACCGUUGAACAGCACCCCACCGUCGGAGACGGUAGAGGGGGUGAUUGA